AUGUCCGAUGUUACGAGGAAGCAACCUGACAAGCAGGGAAGCCCCGAUACAAAGGAUCCAGAGAAAUCAACCAUGGAUAUCUCAUUAGAUCCCGACAACUCGACUCUCGAGCCAGACAACGAGGUUGACAUCGAGGCCGGUAAUGAUAAGCGCGAGUCUGCAGACGAGGUUGAUCCGAAUACCGUUGAUUGGGACGGCCCUCAAGAUCCCAAUAACCCCAUGAACUGGCCUGACAAGAAGAAGUGGCUAAACGUGUCCAUCUUGUCGCUGUUGACCAUCGUCACUCCGCUCGGUUCUUCCAUGUUCGCUCCUGGUAUUCGUUCGAUCAUGGUGGAAUUUCGCAGCACAUCAUCCAUCACCGCAACAUUCCUGGUAUCCAUCUACGUCCUCGGCUUUGCCUUCGGUCCAUUACUUGCCGCGCCCCUGAGCGAAAUCUAUGGUCGAAGACCCCUCUACAUCUGGGGUAAUGUCUUGUUCGCAAUCUUCACCAUGUGUACGGCUCUCAGUAACAGUAUCGGUAUGCUGUUGGCGUUCCGGUUUCUCAUGGGCCUAGCAGGGUCGGUGCCAAUCACAAUCGGGAGUGGUAGUAUCGCAGAUAUGAUGCCAGUAGAGAUGCGAGGCAGGGCUCUCUCGGUUUGGGCAUUGGGCCCACUGCUGGGUCCAUGUAUUGGGCCCGUCGCCGGAGGUUAUCUGAUCCGAGCGGCUGGAUGGAGAUGGGUAUAUUGGCUGAUACUUAUCCUAUCUGGACUAUUCAUCCCGGUCUCUUACUUCUUCCUCCGCGAAACCUUUGGCCCCGUGCUACUGGAGCAAAGAGCUCAAAGACUUCGCAUGGAAACUGGCAACCCGGACUUGCACAAUAAGUACGCCGGUCGCACCACUCCGACCGAGCAGUUGAGAUUGGCUAUGAUACGCCCAAUAAAGCUGCUGGUGGUCACGCCUAUCGUUACGCUCAACGCCCUCUAUGUUGCCAUCACAUACGGCAUUUUGUAUCUGCUUAUCGCCACAUUUUCGUUCGUUUAUACAGGCCAGUAUGGAUUCGAUGAAGGUACGAGUGGACUGACGUUCCUCCCAGCCGGCAUAGGAAUGAUGAUCGGCGUCACGGGCUUCGGGCUUAUCUCUGACAAUAUUGUCAAGCGCAACCAGGCAGCUGGAGUGACGCACAAGCCAGAGGUUCGCUUGCCGCCGCUAUUGACUAUCCCAAGUGGCUUGACCCUUCCAGUAGGACUAUUUAUCUAUGGAUGGGCCACGGAUAAGGUUGUGCACUGGAUCGUGCCCAUGAUUGGAGUCGUGAUCUUCACAGCCGGCUUGAUGGGAGUGAUGAUGUCUGUGCAGAACUACCUUCUCGACACCUAUCCGAAAUAUGCUGCUUCAACAACCGCAGCGCUAACGGUCCUUCGUUCAUUGCUCGGAGCCCUCUUGCCUCUGGGAGGAUUACAAAUGUACAACACUCUGGGUCUUGGUUGGGGCAAUAGCCUGCUCGCAUUCGUCUCAUUGGCGCUUGUACCUAUUCCGCUUGUUUUCUUUAUCUUCGGCGAACGCAUCCGAAACAGGUUCAACCCUACACUGUAG